AUGUUUGGACGUCGCCGAAGGCCUAUUCUAGGCGCUGCUGUUGUUGUCGGCGCAUCUCGAGCAGCAGCCAAGCAUGAGGUACGGAAUCAGGAACUCGCGGCAAAUGAGCGCGACCGUGAGAUACAGCGAGAGAUUGAGUUACGAAGGUACGAAGAUGAACGGCAAGAACUGAGAACCCAGCGCGCCGUCGACGAAGCCAUGAGAAAGGCUGCAUUACAAGAACAGGCUGCUCAGCAGAGCAAUACUGUAAUGCAAACUCCGCAACAGCCGCAGUACAAUGAGACAUACCCAGUGGUUCAAGUUCAAACACGGGAUAUGGGACUCUACAACUCAGUUGACGAUGCCCGAACCGUUUUUGAACCAGCACCAGCCUACCGAUUGGCAACCGAAUUUGUGGAGGAGAGACCCCAGAAGGGUCCAAUCUCCAGCCCAGCCCCAGGUCCCAGAGCUCAAUACUGUACUCAGUGCGGCGUUUUCCGUCAAGAUACGGAUAGGUUCUGUCGACAGUGUGGUGCAAAGCAAUUGUCCGCAGGUGAUAUGGUGGGAUGA